AUGUGAGUAGUUCUAUAAAUAAAAAUAAUCCUUUAAUGGCUAGUAAAACUAAUUCUAUUGCAAUGAUGCAAUUUUCAUGCAAUGCAUCAAAUAAUAGAGGACAGCCACUAGCAGAUAUUUAG